AUGUCCGACUAUUCAGAUGAGGGAUCUGAAAGUUCCUCAGUUGACGAAUAUGCCGAGAGUACUCAUGCGUUGUCACGCACGCUCGACUCGAUCCGAUCCACCGAGGAUGACGCGCAGGCAAUAAAGAGCGGUUGCCAACAGGCGCCCUUUGACCAUCGCAACAGGACGGUUGUCGACACUUCAGUACGCAAUACAUGGGAGCUCGAUGCCUCGAAUUUCAAUCUCGUGAACAAGAAAUGGUUCGAGGACUUUAGCUCAAGGAUACUGCGCUAUAUGGCCAGAGGACUCGGUUUGUUCGAACUACGAGCCGAUCCUCACAAGCUACUCCUCUACGAACCUGGAUCGUUCCUCCAACCCCAUAAAGAUUCAGAAAAGGAACAAGGCAUGAUCGGAACUCUUUUCGUCUGUCUUCCUUCGCAACAUGAGGGCGGUGACGUUUGCUUGUCCUUUGGAUCUCAAAAACGACGUCUUUCAACAGCCGAAAACUGCGAGUUUGACCUCACAGCCAUGUCCUGGUAUUCAGAUGUGACACAUGAAGUCGAGCGACUGACAUCUGGAUAUCGACUCGUCCUCGCCUACAAACUCUUUGCAACGGGGGAAGAUGAGCUAUCGGCCUCCACCUUCUUCCAGCGAACCAAGGAUCUCAAAUCCAUGCUGGCUAGGUUUCGGACUGACCUCCCCAAAGUCGGUAAACUUCUGUACCCCCUAGACCACCUUUACGCAGAGUCAAGCUUGUGCUUGAGAAAUCUUCAAGGCCGCGAUCGAUCCAUUGGACGCUAUUUGAACGAGAUCUGUUCAGAAGCUUGCUUCUACUUCAUGUUUGGACAAACAACGCAUUUCUAAGUUGAC